GCGAUCGAGAAAACGCGCUCGACUGACCUACCUCUGCGAUUGCAUAUAAAAGCCUUUGUACGUGGGUCAGUAGCUCAGCAAGGAUAUGCCCACCUAAGGGAUGCGGGAGGAGGAGCGGGAGAAGGAGCAGGAGGAGGAACGUGGGAAAGUGCAGGAGAAGCAGCGGGAGAAGGAGGAGCAGCAAGAAGGGGAGCGGGAGAAGGAGAGGGAGGAGGACAGGGAGGAGCAUGAGAAGGAGCGAGAGCAAGGCGAUUAUGGCGGGAUCUUUGUCACGUUGUUUGGUGGGGAAGGAACGGGAGGGGCAGGAGGAGAAGGAGGAAGAGUGGGAGGAGCAGGAGAAAGAGCAGGAGGAGGACUCGGAGUGGGAGAAGGAGAGGGGAAGGAGUGGGAGUGGGGCUAUGGCGCAGGAAGAGGAGCAGGAGGAGGGACGGGGGGAGGAGGGACGAGGGGAAAAGCAAGAGAAGCAGCGCGAGCGCGAGAAGGAGCAAAAGGAGGAAUGGGAGGAACAGUGGAGGAGGAAAAGCGGGAGGAGCGGAAGGAGGAGCAGGUGAAGGAGCAGGAGGAUGAACGUGGGAAAGAGCAGGAGAAGCAGCGGGAGAAGGAGGAUCAGCAAGAGGGGGAGCAGAAAAAGGAGAGGGAGGAGGACCGGGAGGAGGAGCAUGAGAAGGAGCGAGAGCAGGGCUAUCGUGGGAUCUUUGUCACGUUGUUUGGCGGAGGAGGAAUGAGAGGGGCAGGAGGAGGAGGAGAAGUGGGAGAAAGAGUGGGGAAGGAGGAGGAACGGGAGCAGGGGAAAAAGCGGGGGAAAGAGCGGGGAAGAAGUGAAAGUGGGGCUAUGCCGCAGGAAGAGGAGCUGGAGAAGGAGGGGGAUGAGGGACGGCGGGAAGAACAAGAGAAGUAGCGGGAGAAGGAGCAACAGGAGGAGCGGUGUCGAGCGCAUCGGUCCGGCACCGCAUGUGG